UUAGAGAAAUGUUUGCUGUCACUGAAUAAUCUAUUGUAUGGGAAUGCAGCCAACAAGAAGAUGUUUGCUGACUUGAAGGGUAUCCCAGCACUGCUGCAGUUGGAGUCUUCUCUAGAUGACGGGAGUGUUAAGACCAAGCUGAUGCAGGUCCUUCGAACCUUUACAGGCAGUGCCAACCUAAGGCAGCAAAGUGGGGACAGAAGAGUGGGAAGAGCCAGGGAAAGAAUAAAAAGGAAUACUGAUGAAAAAGAUCAAACAGCCCUACUUGACAUUUGCCUUGCAUCUCCGUCAUCACUUGGGGAGGAAAGAGGGCGCAGCAGUAGCAGGAGUGGGCGGAGUUGUAGCAGAGAUAGACCAAUCAGGAGAGGGAGGGGAAGUGACAGUGAUCUUGAGAGAAAGCCAGCUCUGGGAUCCCUAUCCAGAAAUAGGCUGUUACAGGAGAGUUCCAGUGAUGAUGAGAUAUAUGACUCUGCAGCCAGGACCUAUUCCUCAGGAGAAGAGGCUGGAGGACUGCCAGUCAUUGCAUUGCCAGACCCUAGCAAACCAGUGAAUACUGCUACCUUGUAUGAGCUCAGUGAAAAGAACUAUUAUAUAUUAGGUCAGAAAGUCUCCUUCAAGCAAGAUGAUCUUCAUGAGUUGAGGAGUACUAGAGACGUGAAAAAAGUGAUGUUUAAAACUGUUGAGAAACUGAUCUGUGGUUUUAUGAAUCAAGGGAAAGGGGGCCAUAUUUAUUUUGGCAUCGACGCAAACAGCCUGGUACAGGGAAUCAGGAUAUCCCGUGAUGAGAGAGACCGUCUGCGCGUCGGACUGGAUGACAUCAUGACGAGGUUCACGCCCGUAGUGAGCCACGCCAUGUUUGAGGUGCUGUAUUCUCAGGUGGUUCAGUCAGACGGCCAUGAAAACCCACAGACACGGAAACCAGUGAAAGACUUCUGUGUCAUAGAGUUGAGACUGUCCAAAGCUGGGGAUAUCUUUCUGACCUCAGACGAGAGGUGUUUCUUGAGGGUAGAAGGGAAAACCAAGUCUUUAUACACACAGGAAAUCCGUGAACUGAUUGUAUCCAGAGAAGAAAGGAAAUUCAAGGCCGAGAUGGAGCGACUUUUAGAACUUGGCAGAACUUUGAAAAUGCACUUGAGUUUCUCGGAGGCCAGUGGAGGUCAAUGUCCAUAAACCAGUUAACCUGUUAGAACUGCUAUCUGUUGUAUGUGUCCCAAGAUUGAUGCGAUCAAGGGAUGACUUGUUUAAAAAAUAAAAAAAAAAAAACGUUAAAUUUCCUUACUCACGAUGUGUUGAUACGGCCGAUGGGUACCCUCUGAUGCCUGGGAAAUAUUAAUAUAUAAAAUUAAAGAUACAAUAGUUUUGUAAUAGAGUACUUAUCAAACCCUGCGUUCAGAGAGUAGCCGCUGGGUGUUUGAGUAAUUGGCAUAAGGUGACAGUUAUUUAUUCUAUUCUUUUAAUUCCCUAACCAUCUGCUAUUCCACGAAUAGCAAAGUGAAAAAGAAGACUAAAAAUUUGUAUUUUUCAGAGAUACGAGUCCCUCUUGGCUGAUGAUCAUGACGCCUCCUUUAUUGUGAUGUUGCGGAGCAGUUAAUAAUUUUUUGACGGAAUAGCUAGAUUUUAAGAGAGUUAAACUGAAAGAAAAAUUGAAAAAAAAAAACACAUUUAAAACUUUUUAUAGAAUAUUUGUUAGAUAAGUUCUUCCAUUUUAUUC